AAAAAAAAGGAAAGAAAAAUGUCAGGGCGUGGGAAGGGAGGAAAGGGAUUGGGAAAGGGAGGAGCCAAGAGGCACAGGAAGGUUCUCCGAGACAACAUCCAAGGCAUCACCAAGCCUGCGAUUAGGAGGCUCGCUCGUAGAGGCGGCGUGAAGCGUAUCAGCGGGUUGAUCUACGAGGAGACACGUGGCGUUCUCAAGAUCUUCCUCGAGAAUGUGAUUCGUGACGCGGUGACUUACACUGAGCACGCGAGGAGGAAGACUGUGACGGCGAUGGAUGUUGUGUACGCGUUGAAGAGGCAGGGAAGGACUUUGUAUGGGUUCGGCGGCUGAAGAGGGGGUGGGGGUUGGAGUUAGGGUUUUUUUUUGUAAAUCGGCGUCUGUUUGUUUUUCUAGGGUUUGUUAAGACGUUUUAAGAUUUGGUUAUGGUUUCGUGUGUAAUGUUUCGGUGAUUUGGAUUUAAUGAAAAUGCUUUUUAUUAUAUCUAAGGUCUCUUUUGCAGUUUGAUUAGCUAUCUUUAAGCUGAAC